CCCGACAAGGAGGAGAAGCACAAGGUUCAGAAGGCCCGACCAGAACUCGAGCGGGAGCAGCAGCUGCACCAGUCUGCAGUUGCAGCCAGGAAGGCGUCCGCGGACCUCCAGCAGAAGGUCCAGGCCGCUGCCGCCACGGCGGCCGCCCACCAGCGCCUGCUCCGCAGCAGCCUGGAGGCGCAGCCGCCCUCAUCGCUCCAGCCAGCGGCCAUCAACCUCACGGCCAUCCUCGAGACCACGGAGCCUGACGACUUGGGCAAGUUGGUUUGCUUCGAGGACGGCGACCUCUUCUCGUUCGGCGACCUGGAGCUCGAGCAGGAGGAGAUCGAGCAAUGGCACCGCCACAAGUCUGAGCUGGCCGCCGAGGUCAGCAAGUUCAUCGUCGCAGCAGCCGGUCCAUCCGCGCAGGGGCUGGCUCAGAGGAAGCAGGCGUUCGCCGAGUACCGCGCCCGCAUGGCGCACAAGCGGCGUCGUACCGCAGCUGGUGGCAUGGCUGCAGGAGGCGACCCAGCCCAGCAGAGAGAUGCCGAUGGGGGGCCUGGGGGCCAUCCUGACGGGGACGGCGCAGCGGCGGCUCGCGCCCCCGCCGCGGCGCCUGGCCCUGGGGCCCCGCCGGCGUCCGCUGCGGCGUCGACCGCGGGCGACCCGCCAGGCGCGGCCCCCGAGCCAGCUCCCCCAGAGGCCUCGCCCGAGGACCUCGCCAAGACGCUUGCUGAGGCUCGCGCCAGGCGACACAUCAAGAGCCACUCGUUCAAGGACCUUUGUCGUACUGAUGAACAGCAGGUGGGUGCCGGCCGCCUUGACGGCAUUCUCAAGGGCGGUGGCCCCGUCGAUUUCUGGGAUUUCGCGCCCGUGGCGGUCGAGCUCUAUCUCACGCCUGGGGAGAAGCUCAUGGGAGUCAACGCAGAGAAGCUCACGAACCUAGGGGCGUUCCUCAGGCUUUCGCAGAUGCCUUGGAUUCUCGCGGCGGAUUGGAAUGUGUCACCAUCGGACCUGAG